AUGUCCACACUGAUUCCCGUUGAGAGUCUCGAAGAGACCAAUAUCUGCUUGCAUUUAUCAGACCGGAAUAGCAGUCCGUGGGCUGCAGCUAAUUUCAAUACAAGGUUAACAACAUGUUGUAACUUCGCGCUGCUAGAAGCGAAUAUUACUACAUCGUCGGCGUACUCAAGAUCCACCAACGGACGUGCAGAAGGUGCUAAAAUGACAUCGGCGGAACACUGCUCAACUGCUCUUCGGAUUAUUUCAUCGACGGCAAAGUUGAACAGAAAGAGUACCGCCACAGCCCGUUGUCUCACUACACUUUCCACUCCGAAUAAUGUAGUACAGCCAGCUGGUAUUCGGACCGCAGCAGUUGUUCUUCCAUUCAUGUUGUUUAUUAGACGUACGAAUUUUCCUGGAACUCCAUCGUCGCACUGA